AUGAUAGCUGUUGAACCCGCUCCUCCCGAGGCUGAAAUCUUCGCGGGUCUUAAUAAUAUCAUCGCAAGAAGCACCUCACCAAAGAAAAGCUAUGAGAGCUUGAAGAAACAAGAAAGUUCCGCGCCUAAGGCCCAGACUCAGCCUGCAAAGCAGAAAUAUCAGCUGUGGCCCAAUAUUAAAAAAACCGUCUCCAGUUCUGGACGCAGCACACCGGACGGAACAAAAACCAUGAGAAAUCCAUUCAAAGACGGAGGUCUGAGUCGUUGCCAUAAGAUAAGCGUCCCCGACCUUGGACAGCUCUCGACGAUCCAGGAGAGAUCACUUGACUCCCCGACGAUUCCGGGUCAAUAUCCCAUCCAUGAAAGGUCAAACAGUGCACCAGGCGCUUGCGCAGGAAACAGCACUGCUCGGACUCCCGUCCUUGGACCUGUUGGAGAAUCUUGCACCAAGGCUGCGGAGCAAUGCGGGGACAAUUCGUCUUCACCACGGCGAACGGACAACAAGAGCAAAGCAUGUACCGUUCAGCAAAAUGAAACGCAUCAACCGUCGAACUCUAGCAAUUUGAGGCAGGCAACCUUUGAUGAACCCCCAGAGGUCCCGCCAAAGUCUCCUCGACUAGCUCUUCGGAUCCCGAAUAUUCUUGGAUUUUCAUCUAGCGGAGAGGCGUCAAGCGCGUCCACGAUAGGAGCCACUCUCAGCUCCCAAAGUAGCAAAUCACUUGAGGAGAGCCCGUGGAGGAGCUCCCCCAACCUGCUUGGACAAACCCUUCCUUGCAGAACUUCAGCAACCCCAACAAACUUAACAAAUGGAUCAACAGCUCCCACGUCAUCGAUUAGAAGAGGACCAUCAUGCCAUAAGAGGACUAGAACAGAAGAGCCAAACCAGUCUGCGCCGUUUGAAUAUGGGUCGGACAACCCCAAUAACCAUCGGAGAGGAUUAUCACACGACUCGGUUUUGCAAUGGGGGAGCCACCCCCCGAAGAAGAAUGCGGCAGUUGAGGUUCGGGUAGAUGAUACCGAAAUGGCGAAAAAACUUCCCGGAGUUCCAACUCCAAACUUCCCUCUGGGGAUUCCUGUUCAUAAGGCUUCAAGAGUACUUCCACGAGCUGAGAUCGAAACACUACAAAGACAGGCUCACAAUCAAGCACAAAAGUUCGAGGUGCUUAAUCGGUUGUGA